AUGGCUGCACCGCCGGAAAUCACAUGCACCAACCUCUCGGGCAAGUUCGUCAUGAACAAGGCCCUGUCUGACGACUUCGACUCUGUGCUAGCUUUGCAGGGCGUGAGCUGGCUCACCCGCAAAGCCAUUGGUUUCGCUACCGUUGUUUUAACCAUCAAGGAAUACAGUGAAGACUCGAUCUACCACAUUGACAUCACUUCCGUGGCCUCAGGGCUCUCAACUACGCAAGAGAAUCGCACACUCGAUUGGAGCGAGAGAGACCAUACCGAUAGAAUCUUCGGCCAUGUGCGAGGCAAAUCUCGAAUGUUUAAGACAGGCGAAUAUCAGAUGGAAGGACCAGGGUCGCCAGAAGACGCUGCCUUCCUCCAGGCCGAGAAGCUCAAGGAUGGCAAGACUGAUUCGACGUUUCUCGACAACGAACACGUCCAGAGCUGGGUAAAGAGCGUUGAUGGAGGGAACUGGAUUGCUGAACAGAUCUGGGGAUUUGAAGAGGUCGACGGCCAAAGAAGAUAUACUCGGCGUGUGCUUGUGUGGAAAGACGGGAAAGAGCAACGAGCCCGGCUUGUGUACGACUACAAGGGACAAGCUGCGGAUGAAAACGCUGCCGGAGACGACGAUCUGGCAUAUGGCGAGGAAUGA